UAGCCCUGGUGUUUAUAAUUUGAUACAGCCAUAGCUUGUGUAGCACAGUCAAUCAGACCGUUGUCCUGUAGGAAAGGAAGUGCUGUCUCAGAUACCUGCUUCUGGACUGUGCGUGCAUGUUGGCCCCAAUGUCGAGAGGCAUAAUCUAAAAGUUUGUUCUGGUCGAGUCUGCUCUCGAAUUCUUUGUCACUACCGCACAUACCGCUCUUGAAAGUAUCGAAUGAGAGAUAAGUGAGACAGACUAAUGUGAUCUCCUCUUGAGCACUGGGGUUCCACUUCUCUCGGAUUUGCUCAAAGUAUUCCUGGGUGGUAUAAUGCACGAGACGGAUAACAUUACUUGCCUCAUCAACUACAACAAGGCCAGCGCAAACAGAUAUCAUGUCUUCCACAUCUGGAAUGUUAUCUCCGUCGAGGUGUUCCUCAUCGAGCUCAACUGCUAAAGCAUGGGAGAGCUCCUCAGUUGUAAGUAGUCUCUCUGCAUAGGUGAUCCACGAGAGGACGUUCCGUGCUAAUUGGUAUUUCAUACGCGGCUGGCUUUUUAUCCGCUUGAUGGCUUCGUCAUAUAACUGGUCGUACACUUGUGACAGUUCCUUACCGCCGUGAGCUCUCUUUGAGAUUACCUCUAUAAUGGACUUGACUUGCUUCUUGGUAGUAGUGUCUUGGAGUAACUCAAUGUAUAAAUGCGCGAGAAGAAACAUCCCAUCUGCUGCUUUAACGAUUUCGUUUUGUACUAAGCUCUGCAGUUCCUUGUCACGUAUCACACAUUUUGGUAGUCGAUGGAUUUGGUUCGUGAUGAAAUGUUUCACGUCAUUAUCGGUUGCUCGGAUGUGUAGCCUUUCAGUAUGUUCAAAUUCCUCCUCUAUUUCAGGAAUAAAGCGUGAGGUGAUCAUUAUAUUCAUAUUGCCUUCUUUUUGAAGCGAGCUGACAACUGCUAAGAGUCGCCUGCGAGUGUCAUCUUUGCAGUCUGCAAAUUCAUCUAGAGCAUCGAUGACUAGGUGAACACUUGAGUAGGUUUUCAGCACGGAACGGAGGGUAGUGAGAACCUCGUCGGAAGACAUUGUAGUCCCACGCCUGGAAUGACGCUCAUAGAGACGCAACACAAACUCCGGAAUGGAUUGUUGGCCCUGCAACAGUUGCCGGAGGAUCGCUGCCAGGAACAUGGUAGUACUAUUCCUUG